AUGCCAUUUCUAAGGAAGAUCACUGGUAGUGGCCAUUCGCAUUCGAGAUCAGGCUCCGCUUCAUCGAUCAAGACAUGGUCAUUGGACUCACCUACUAGUCUUGAAAGACACUCUACACGCCCAACGAAGAGCUCUAGGAAGUCUGGUACAUCUGAAUAUCGGAACUCAGUGGCAAGCUCUGGCUCCUGUGGCAAUUCCAAUACUGCUGGUCACGAUAAUGGGACGGGCUUGCUGGUAGUACCGGACAUUGAUGAGUUUACAAACAGUCCGCAGAUGAAUGAUAAAAAUAAUCUAAAGAACGAUUCUAGAAACCCCUCAGGUGGUAGCAUCAAUUCAUUGUCGUUUGACAAACUAAUCUUAUCAUGGGAUCCGACUGAUCCUGAUGAAUGGUCGAUGCAACGGGUCUCUUCGUGGUUGAAAUUUCAUGAAUUCCCAGAAUCGUGGAUCGUAUUCUUCAAGAAGUAUCAGCUUUCAGGGCACAAGUUUAUCAAACUCUUGGCUCACGAUAAUUUUGCUGUCUACGAAAAGUAUUUACCCCAGUCCAAGUAUGCCUCCUACACAAGGUUCCAGUAUCUUCUUAAACAGACUAUGAGUAAGAAUGUCACAAAUAACCACAUCCGCCAGAAGAGCACAGAGAAAGCCAAGGAAUCAAGGAGCUCUAGCGAGUCCUUGAAAUCUAAACACAAAAAAGCCAAUUCACUUCAAGAGGCCACUUCGUCAAGAUCUGCUUCAGAGUCUGCUUUGUCGCCAACAACAUUGAAUUCCUCCAAAAGCGACGAUAAAUUGGGAGGUCAACCACUUCGUACACACCAGAAGACGUCCAGUGCCAGCGCACUUUAUAGAAGAAGUUUAAUAUCUCUCCGAGGUUCGUCCACAGGUAAUUUACUGGAGGGAAAGACUCCCUCCAAUAUCAAGCUGAAUAUUCCAUCUCGACCUCAAUCAAUUGUUGAAACUAAUGGAUCAUCAAAACCAGGGUCUCCUCCCAACUCACCUCACUAUCCGGGCCUUUUCAGAAGGCAUCAAAAGAGCAGUUCCUCUGAGUCCUCCUUGCUCAACGCGUUGUUUGGAUCACAGUCAAAUGUUACUAUUGAUGAUGAGCAAGACAAAUCUUCUUACCAAACCGCCAAUGCUUCGGCGGAUAGUCUCUCCAAAGGAAAGCAUAAUGCGAUCGAAGGCAACACGGUGUCGUCCAACAUAUCUUCGCCGAACCCGAUAGAAGAGAAGAGCUCACUCUGGGGCAAACUGAGACGAAGAAGUCAGUUGAUUGGACCUGCCAAUGUUCCUCAGAGCCCGCAACUUGUAACUCUAAACCCGGCAUCUUCACUUUCGACGCCAAACAUCGGCACACCUCCUACAGCUUCAGAUGCAAGUAUAGGUACGUUGACACCAAAGUACACAGAUGUGAAGACAGCUCAAGCAACCCCAUCAAGCAGCAAACGUCACCCUAUUUACAGUACUGACCGGAGCAAUCGAAACGAUAACAAUGACACGUAUACCCCAGCCAGUUUCUUGUUGGAUAAGAAGUUCUAUCCUUUAAAGACGAAAGAUUCUCAAGAUGAUAUCUAUAUUCUCAUUACGAAAGAUAAUCGUUCAUUUAUACCUAUGAAUAUCGGAAUGAUUGAGAGCCUCGAAGAACUAAAGGAAUCGGUAACGCUGAUGUUAAGCGUAAAUCAUAACGACAUAACCAUACAUUUGACUGACUUUGGGUGCGAAAUAGGAUCUGCUCUCCCGGAUGAUACUUUAGAAUCAUUAAGAUCGAGUCUUUUUUGUAAUACGGCUGGUAAACUAUACAUUAAAGAUCAGUCGAAGAGCAGUUCAAGGCCUAGAGCGGCAACUCUCAGUAACGAGAUGAAUCACUCGGUGAAAUCCCUCAAAAGUAAGAACUCGUUUAGGUCCGUCACUAAUAGCAUGAUGUAUUCAACCGAUGAGGUUUCAAUUGUUACAUCUUCAUCUGACUUGACCUCAUUCGACGAUCAUGCUUCUGGAACAGCUAGAAGAUAUCCUCAGACACCCAGCCACUACUAUGAUGCUGUAGCAGCUAAUAAUGGAGAGGAAAUCAAUUACUGGAAUUAUAAAGAUCCAGCUCAAGAGGCUAGUAAAUCACCAAGGCCAUUAAGGUCGUCUAGUCAAGUAAAGAAAGAAAAAUAUCCUCCCUUCGAGCUGGCUCCGGAGAAAGGAAGAAUGGGAUCAUUUCAGAUUUUAAGGAAAGAAGAUUCAAAUGAGAUAGAUUUUAAUAAGCGCCGAGAAUCACCAUAUGUCCAACCGGAGUUGGCGCCUCGGAGAGAAGCGCCCAAACCUCCAACAAACUCCUCCCCUCAAAAGUCCCUUUCAAUCUCUAGUCGAGUGUCGACGCCACGUCUAAGAAGAAGCAGCACUAGAAGAAAGGCCCCUGGGAAUCCCAAACUAGCUCCACCAUCACCUUCAGGCGAGGCUGUAAGCCCAUCUUCAGAUUCUGUGGUCAAUUCAUACACUCCGGGCUCCAGCCAUGUCCUAGUCCCCCAACCAUAUAAAGGAGCUAGCGAGGGCUCUCGUAAGCUUAAAACAGAGGAUGAGCAGAUGGCAAGUUCAAUUUCUGCUUUUAUUAGCAAGCAAAGAACCAAUAGAUCUGACUCAAUUGCUUCUAAUUCUGGCUCUGUGCGCCAUAUGCGUUCUCCACCAUUGGGCAGAGGCAACUCAAGACGUAUUGUAUCGUCUGCCUCGGCAGCUGAUGUUUUCGAUGAAAAUGAUAUAACAUUCGCCGACGCACCUGAAUUUACAGAUUCUGGUAGUGACAGUUCUGAUGACAUAAUCUGGUCUACGUCUGGGAAGAGUAGAGAGACAGAGACCGAGAAAGAAGGGAUUCAACGCAAUUCAUCGGGAGACAAUUCACAAGAUCGUUCACAAUCUAAUGAGGAGAAUGAUGGAGGUGCAGCGUUGAACAGAAAGAUGACAUUAAGGCCAUCGCCAGAAGUUGUCUACCAGAACCUGGAGAAAUUUUUUCCUCAUGCCAACCUUGAUAAGCCUGUCCUUGAAGGCGUCACACCUCCCGCAUCUCCAAGAUCGGUGGACACUAUAGGUAUGUCAAGAGCGUUCGGGUUAUCUAACGCUGGCAACAGUUCAAAUAGUAACACGCCUGCUAUUUCUCCCAACAAGAGCACCAAACAAUCAUUCCGAGAAGAUGAGAAGGGUUUCUUGAGAGAUCGACUUCCGAAGCGAGCCAAAACCAUCAGAACUAUUGCACAUGAGGCGAGUGAGGCUAGAAAACAGUCCGUGAAGCUUGGGAGACAAAAUACGAAAAUGUGGGGCACUAAAACGGUCGAGGUCACCGACAAGCGUAUGGUUUCGAUUAACAAUACGAAGAACUCACGAGGUCAGUAUAAAGAAUUUGCAUGGAUCAAGGGUGAAAUGAUUGGAAAAGGCUCAUUCGGUGCCGUUUAUCUAUGUCUGAACGUGACGACCGGUGAAAUGAUGGCCGUGAAACAGGUUGAGGUGCCAAAGUAUGGCUCUCAAAACGAGCAAAUCAUCCAUACCGUGGAAGCACUCAGAGCCGAAAUGUCGACCCUCAAAAAUCUGGAUCAUCUAAAUAUUGUUCAAUACCUCGGAUUCGAGGCCAAAGACCAUAUGAACAGUCUAUUUCUCGAGUAUGUGGCUGGUGGAUCUGUCGGCUCCCUCAUCAGGAUGUAUGGAAGAUUCGAUGAGGUAAUGAUAAAACAUCUGACGACCCAGGUCUUGAGAGGUUUAUCAUACUUGCACUCGCGUGGAAUUUUGCAUAGAGAUAUGAAAGCGGACAACUUACUUCUUGAUCAAGAAGGUGUCUGCAAGAUUAGUGAUUUUGGCAUUUCAAGGAAGUCGAAAGAUAUAUACUCUAAUUCCGAAAUGACCAUGAGAGGCACUGUUUUUUGGAUGGCUCCAGAAAUGGUCGAUACAGCGCAAGGUUACAGUGCCAAGGUCGAUAUAUGGUCAAUGGGAUGUGUUGUACUAGAAAUGUUUGCGGGCAAGCGGCCUUGGUCCAACUUAGAAGUGGUCGCAGCCAUGUUCAAGAUAGGUAAAUCUAAAUCAGCUCCACCCAUUCCUGAAGACACAUUGCCAUUAAUUUCACAGUCCGGGAGAGAUUUUAUAGAUGCUUGCUUCCAAAUCGACCCAGAAGCAAGACCCACAGCUGAUAAACAACUAUCACAUCCAUUUAUCCUGGAGAAAGAAAAUUUCGACUUCAAAUCUACUAAAUUAGCUGAACUCAUCAAGUCUAAUGACAAGGUUAACUCGACUAAAUUGAGAGUUAGCUCUCAUGAAAAAUCUCAACUAGAACUCUGA